AUGAACGUCGAUAUUAGAGCAACGAAUCCAAUCUCUAACAAUACUGUAGCAGUUUAGUUGACUUAUGUGCUUUCAAUAUUCGCAAAAUGAUCAAUACUAAGGGAUAAAUAAAAUAGAGCUUUCGUUUCCAUGUCCAAACUUUAGCAAACAUUAGCGAAAUGGAGCCGGAGCUGACUGAGAGCAAAACCAUGCCCUCUCAUAAACACAGCACCAGUGUCGUCGAUAAAUGGGUGUUUCUCGCCCCCAUGAUCAACAGCUGCAAGUUGCACCUUACAACUGUCAGAUCACUAGGGAGAGCACAAACGACGCCUGACUCUCAAGAUCUUGUGAAAGAAACACACACAAGUACCAGCACCCAGACAAUUAUUCAUCCGUGCCCAGAAAACAAAUUACAUGCUUGCCGCCAGAAAAGAGUUGUCCGGACUCCGCCAGUGCCAUCAUUUGCCAGUGACAACUGUACAGAUUCAUCUGCACAUAAUCUAGUACUACUACUGGGCGGUGAGUCAUCUUCACAUGCUGCUCACAGAACUAGAGACAAACCCAGGAGGUCAACCCACAGUGCUGGAGCUUCUCACGGCCAAAAUACAUUCAACGCUGCUAAGCCUGCAAGGCUUUCUGCAGGACUUAAACACAAUGCUGCGCCUGGCUGUUCCUCCACUCGGUUACCUUUAGCAUCCAGCUUGCAUCGGGUUGACUUGGACAGGCGCUUUUUAGAAGAAUGCCCCCAGCUUGGCAUUAUGGAGGACCUGCAACUUCUCAGCCUCCAGCACAAUCUAAUCACAAGGAUCCAACACCUGUCACAUCUUCAACAGCUUGUUUUCCUGAACUUGCAUGACAAUCACAUCUCUGAUAUGACUGGCAUCGAAGUUCUAAGGUCUCUCAGGAUACUCAUGCUGGGGAAGAACAGAGUUCAUAAAAUUUGCAGUCUGGAAAGCCUGUCCAAACUGAAUAUCCUGGAUUUACAUGACAAUAAGAUCUGCAGGAUAGAAAACAUGUCUCACCUGAGUGAGCUGCAAAUCUUGAACCUGGCAGGAAACAGCAUCUCCACAGUGGAAAACCUGCAAGGCCUGGACUCUUUGACUGAACUCAACUUACGGCACAACCACAUCUCUGUUGUGACCGAGGUGGACCGCCUGCCCUGCUUGCAGCGACUGUUUCUCAGCUGCAACAACAUCUCCAGUUUUGAUCAGCUAGUCUGCCUUGGAGAGUCUCACACCCUUUCUGAGCUCACCCUGGAUGGGAAUCCCGUAGCCCUGGAGACAUGGUACAAGCAGGCCGUCCUGCGCUGUGUGCUUCAUCUGAGACAGCUGGACAUGAAGCGCAUCACAGACGAGGAUCGGCGUAUGGCAGGUGUACAGGCUCGAAAAGAGGAGGAAAAGAAGCGGGAGAGUCACAAGCAGACCAUUCAUAAGGAGAAGCGGCGUCUGGCAAUCCGUAAUGCAGCACAGCAGUGGGAGGGAGUCAGGGCCUGUCUGGAGCUGCCACCAACGAACGGUGCUAAAGAAGAAGUCAGUCCAGAGAACAGCCCUGCUCACAGCCCCGCCCAGACCAAUGGCCACGCACAGGAGCCUUCUCCGGACGAGCCGAGGCGGAUUAGUCCAGGUUCAGGACCAGAGCGACCAUCUGGGGGAACAGAAAGCCGACUCCGCACCAACAGCCGUCCUAACAGCCCCCGAGAUCCCAAACUUGUGGAGACAGGGAGCGGCAGUGUUCAGAGCUUGUCCUUGUCUGACAGUCACCUGGCGGAGCUAGAUGGAGAUACCCUACGUUUAUUCGGACUCGGAGCCCUGGAGGCCCUGGAGCGGGGCUGGGGCGUUCAGACCGCUGGUGCUGUCACUGUAAUAACCUUUCGCUACAUCAACUUUGAUGCCAUUGUACCAACACUGCCGCGAUUAAGGAUCAAGUUCCCAAAUCUGUUGCACCUGAUCUUCCUGGAAACCAACAUCAGCCGCCUGCCCCAGCUGGCGGCCCUGGCUCAGGUGAGGCGUCUAGACCAGCUGACCAUCCAUCCAGAGGGCAACCCAGUGGUCAGUCUGGCUCUGUGGCGCUCCUUCAUCAUCUACCGCCUCUACCACUUCAACCUGCAGAGGAUCAAUGGCCAGGAGGUGACCAUGAAUGAUGUGAUUGCUGCAGAGCGUGUGUUUGGGACACUGGGUCAUAUAGCAGCCACUGAAACUCCACGUUGCCGUCUCCUCCUCCUGCUGGAGGAGUCCAGGAAGCGCCAGCUGCAGUUCUUGUUGGAGGGUCGUGGCCGGCGGGCAGGACUGAGUCCAGAGGAGCUGCGGGAUAACGGAAAACUAAUGGGAGAAGGCCUGAGCAGAGCGUUGUUUAACUACCCGAGCAGAGACUGCAGCGCAGAAAGUCCUGAGGAGGGCACUGUGGAGUCAUCAGAGCGCGCUGCCAUGAUAGAGCAGUACCUCCAGGAGCUGGUCCAAAGGGCAUCAGACACCAAUCUGAAGGGUGAGGCUCUGCACAAGCUCUGGCCCUCCAUGUUCGCGGAGAUGGUCAGAGACUGUGUGUUGGAGAUGAGGGACCGAGCAGCCUUUCGCCAAACCAGCCUGGCCAAGCUCUCUGAGACUAAGUGAGAGGAACCAAAGGUUCACUCUUUGACCACACACAUGCGCACAUGUGGACAUAGCUACCCUGGGCACCUCCUUGGCUUCAUUUCACACUCCAUCAGAUCAUCACUGAAUCACUGAAAGGUAUAUUUCCUAGUCUGUUGGACACUCUUUCUUGAGAUGGAUGUAGAUUAUUUUAAAGAUGUCUGAAGAAAUUGUCACGAUAAAGGCAACUGAAUGUGGACCGAAUGUGGACCGAAAGCACAGUUUGAUUCUUAAGAACUGUGAAAAAAAGUUAAAAGGGUUUGGGGUGCAUCGCGGUUCCUACGGAGCAUCCUGUGCACUUUAAAAGCGUCCUUGAAUGACCCCUCUGCCCUGUCAUCACCAUCAGCUGAAAAUGACCAGUGUCUCCUUUCUUGAGACUAGAAUGAUUUUUCCGUCUUAACAUGCGUCUCAUGCACCGCUCUGUCACUUCCUCCUGCCUGACGUAAAUGCAAGGGCACAGACAAGGACAAGGUCUUUCUUUGUUUACCACUGAUUUUCUGUAUUGUACUUAGUAUUAAAAGAUUCUGCAUUAACA